AUGAAAAACGAGUCAUUCGCGGCAUGCAAGACCCCAAGCCAGAAUGAGACCGGAGACAUGAAGUUCCAGAUGGACUUCGAUUCCACGAAAAGGGGUGACUUGAACUUCACGUACCUGGAGGAUCCAAUCAUAUCUAAUGUAUAUUCCGGGGGAUCACGGCAGGAUGAGAAACCAAGGACCAUCGCGUCAGGUGGAAUUCGCAUCCACGUGAAAGGAGAAUACCUCCAGUCCGUCUACAAGCCAUCUAUCUGCUUUAAUGGAACAACUUUUUGUGAAGUUGUUUGUCGCAUAAGGAAUCGCCCCUCCCCCAAACCAGCAAGUGGUCCCAUUAAUAUGACGGGAAAUUUCUUGGGGGAGAACCCCGUGUCAGAGAAGAGUUACGAGUUCGUGAAUCCCGAAAUCCUUACCGUCAUACCAAACGAGUCAUUCGCGGCAUGCAAGACCCCAAGCCACAAUGAGACCGGAGACAUGACGUUCCAGAUGGACUUCGAUUCCACGAAAAGGGGUGACUUGAACUUCACGUACCUGGAGGAUCCAAUCAUAUCUAAUGUAUAUUCCGGGGGAUCACGACAGGAUGAGAAACCAAGGACCAUCGCGUCAGGUGGAAUUCGCAUCCACGUGAAGGGAGAAUACCUCCAGUCCGUCUACAAGCCAUCUAUCUGCUUUAAUGGAACAACUUUUUGUGAAGAAUGUCGAGCUGAAAAUGACUCAUUCAUGCGAUGUUUGAGCCCAGCCAUGGAAGAGGAAUUUUAUCCGGGAAUCUUGACCUACGGGUUUCAACUAGAUGGUGUGAAAACCUUUAAUGAUAUGGGCAGUUUUCUACUUCUUCAGGAUCCCAUUUACUACAAAUUUGAAGGUGUGAAACUUCACUUCAGAGGUUAUCUCACUCUGGAUGGAAAAUAUUUGGACCUGGGAGUCUCCAAGGAGGAAGUGGAGGUAUGGAUAGGGAAAGAGAAGUGCAAUGUGACAUCUCUUUCUCAGACUCAAUUGACCUGUUUGCCACCCGAGAAACAACCCGAGGGAUUCCCCAACGGAAACUCACCCAUCGUCACUGUGAAAGUGGGAAAUAUUCAAGAAUCAUUGGGAAGACUGAAGUACGCGGCAUAUAGUGGGGCACAGGGAUUGUCAACAGGAGUAAAGGCUGGGAUUGGUGUUCUUUCCGCCUUCCUGAUCCUUCUACUCGGGAUUGGAUACUUUGUCCACAAGAAGAGGACUACACGCCAAAAGGAGAAAAUACAGAAUGAGGGUCAAAAGGAACUAGAGGCGCUGGAAAUGAAACUAAUUGAUGAAUGCAAGGAAGAGCUGCAAACUGAAGUGAAUGAUCUGACCUCGGACUUGGCAGAUGGUGGGAUACCAUUCCUAGAUUACCAUGCAUACGCCCUCAACGUAUUUUUCCCAAACAAGAAUCCUACUUACCCCAUUGCACUUCCAUCCAGUGCGGAAGACAGAGAGCAUCGUGGAGAAAAUGAUGAGCAUUUGGAUCAGCCUCAUGUUGUACAAAUUCCUUCGCAAUCGACAGAGAGCAUCGUGGAGAAAAUGAUGAGCAUUUGGAUCAGCCUCAUGUUGUACAAAUUCCUUCGCAAUCGUGCAGGAAAGCCAAUGUAUGUGCUUUUCAAAGCGGUGAACCAUCAGGUGGGGCAGAAACCAGUAGAUGCGCUCACACACGAGGCACGCAACUGCCUCUCAGAAGAAGUUCUGCUACGGGAGAAAAUUCAGCAUAAGCAAAUGACGAUCUCCGUUUCUCUUCCACCCCAGACCUUGUAUGCUUGUGGUCUCGAACCACAAAAAGAAUUGUUGGAUGUUCAGGUGCGCGUGCUGGAUUGUGACAGCAUAUCUCAAGUGAAGCAGAAAAUCAUGGACAUCGUUUUUGGCAACCAACCUUUCUCCCGUAGGCCUGACUUGGGCAAAUUAGAUAUUCAAUGGCGGAUUGGAGCCUCGGUCCCAUUGCGCCUUCAAGAUGAAGACAUCACAUCGGUUGUAGAGGACGGCUGGAUUCGGAUCAACACUCUUCAUCAUUACCGGGUUUCUGAAGGGUCAAUGUUGGUACUAGUGCCGAAUUUGGCGAAAGAGGAAGGUGAGGACGUGAAUGUGGAGACGAAGUUCAAUCAGCCCCUUCUUUCCAGCCAGUCAUUAGGGACACCGAAGCAGAACAAUAAGGGUAUCUGGGAAAGCCCUUUCCCAAAGCGCUUUCCAGAACUAUUUGUCACAGGAGAAUUGAAAAAGUGGCAUCUGGUAAAAGAAGAAGAACAAAAUCCGCAAAGGAAGAAUGUUAGGAUGAUCCCUGAAGUGUCUCUCACUCGGCUUCUUUCGACAAAGCAAGCACUACAGCCGUACGUUGACGAUUUAUUUCGAUCCAUUCUGACCGAGGAAAUUGAAAUCCGAGGUCUUCUCCUACCAAUCAAAUAUAUCUUCGACUUCUUGGACAAAGAAGCUGAAAAACUACGCCUCGGAAAUUCUGAUGUUCUCCACACAUGGAAAAGCAACAGUGUACUUCUAAGAUUCUGGGUGAACAUAAUAAAGAACCCAGAGUUUGCGUUUGACAUUCACAAGAACCCCACGGUGGACUCCUGCCUGUCCGUCAUUGCACAGACUUUCAUGGCGGCCUUCUCCGAAUCCGACAAUCCAAUUGGAAAAGACAGCCCUAGUUGGAGACUUUUAUAUGCCAAGGAGAUCCCUGUGUACAAGAAUAUGGUCAGGGAGUAUUACAGGAAUAUUAAGUCGAUGCUUCCAGCCACCGAUCAGGAGAUGAAGGCACUUUUUGAUGAAUAUUCCACGGCCAAAGGGGCGACAUUCAACAUGCAUGAUGCAUUCAUGGAACUCUUGGAAUAUGCAAAAAAUGUCAACCGCCAACUAAAGAAAGCCUUGGAAGCAGAAGAUGAGGCACUAGGAAAAGAAUUUUCACUAAGUCAGUCUCAUUUAGAUCUCAGUGAGCAAGAGGCGUUCAACGGACCGGAAAUGAAUACUUUCAACAUAUAA